GGAAACUAGUGGAGAAAAUGCAGAAGAUCUUGCAGACAGAUGACAUUACUGAUACUCAAGUUUUUAGAAAAGGAAAGAGGAAAAGGACAGAGACAAUGGACUCUGAAAAUGCAAAUAGCGACAUGGAUAAAGGACAGAGAGACCCAUACUCGGGAAAUGCCUUUUUGCCUGGGGAGAGCUCCAGUGAGGAUGAGACACCUUUGGAAGAACUGUCGAAGGAGGAGUUGUGUGCCAAAAUAAAAAGUCUGAAAGAAAAAUUAAUCAAUACCAGGAAAGAAAAUGGCCGACUACGACAGUCUUUGGUUAUGUUACAAGUGUUACCACAGGCAGUCACCCAGUUUGAGGAACUGGUUGGGAUGGCAGAGACCCUGCUGAAGGGUGGAGGAGCCAUGUCUACCACUGCGGCCACUCUCUGGAGAGCAACAAACAACUCCUCACCAGAUUCGUUUGCGUCAACGUGCAGUAAUUCUAACUCGAAUUCUAGUUCACCUGCUUCCCUGAAGGCUGACGAAGAACAGCACAUGGAUGAGAAACAGUUCAAGAUUGAAAAAUGGCAGAUUGCCCGAUGUAAUAAGAGCAAGCCUCAGAAGUUUAUUAAUGAUUUAAUGCAAGUACUUUACACAAAUGAAUAUAUGGCCACGCAUAGCCUAACAGGGGCAAAAUCCUCUACUUCAAGGGACAAAGCUGUAAAACCAGCUAUGAAUCAAAAUGAAGUUCAAGAAAUCAUAGGUGUAACAAAACAGUUAUUUCCAAAUACAGAUGAUGUUUCAAUUAGGAGAAUGAUAGGGCAAAAGCUAAACAACUGUACCAAGAAGCCAAAUGUAAGCAAAAAUCUUAAUUCUCAGGAUAUUAAGUAGAUCAUUUUGGCAUUGCAGGUAUGCAAAACAGAGCAUCUUCAGUUCUAAAUCUAGCGUUGGAUUUGAUUGGAGAAUCUGUAGGACCCCUUCCCUCCACCACAGGAAGUGAGCCCAAAGGGACAUGUACAGUGACAGUGAAUGGAACAACAAGCUCGAUGAAGAAGCUGCAUGUAGAUCCCACCCUAAAAUACCAGUGAUGCACUGAACCAGACAAUUCGUACCAAAUAAGCAUGCUGUAUGGUUUCUCUGGAAAUACUCAUUUUUCCUAUCCUGAAAUACUUACCUGUACAGAAUAGUCAGAGCUCCAAUAGCAACAAAAAUUUCAACCGAUAAGAUUGGUAUCCAAAGCAAUGAUUAUGCAUUUAUUAUUACCAAGGACUACCCGUUACACUUGAUGGAUCAUUAGCAUAAGCACAUGUUUGGAAAAGUAAACAGUGAAAUGUUUACAAGUAUGAGAGCAACAAAAUCAGCCUAAAAUCUGAUAAUCAUGUGCAACCAAGUAAUAAUGGUAUAGCAAUAAAUGUCAGGAAUGUUCUGUUCUCUAAAUGUUUAUAAAAUAGACAUGAAAAAAAUAAGAGCAGCAAGAUCAUGUUAUCUUAACAGUAAACUACUCUACCACAGUCCUGAAAAACAAACUCAAGGUUUUGUCCUUGUUAAAUCAGGAUGCUUUCAGGAUACCCUUGUUGUCCACGGUGUGUAGAAAAAAAUAAGAAAAACAUCAAUAUCGCCUAAAAACAUUCAAGAGAAGAAUGAGAUGUAACAUCAUAUAUACUUGGCCGGUUAUGUUGCUACACUGCUUAGUCUUUUUGGUUCGUUCGUUCAUUUGUUUAUUUAGCAGUGAGCAUGCUAUCAGAGUUGAAUGAUGAGAACCAAUAAGAGUACACCUGACACACCAGGCAGGCAUCUCUGCAAAGACCGGAUGUCACUGCUCUGUUUUUUACUGCUUUAUUUUCCUCAUAGAAGAAAUAUAAAUUGCAAAAAAAAAAAAAAUCAUAUGUGUUUGGUGAUCACACAAAAAGAAAAGCUACCAUUUUGUAAGUCAACAAAAGAGAAACAUCCUUCAUCAAGAAGCCUCUCUCAGGCUGGCACACAUGAUGACGCUGCACCAUGAAGCCAUGCUGCUUCAGCACUCAAGGUCAUGGUCUAGCUUGGAAAAGGGAAUGUAUGCUACAAUACUUAGAUAUGCAGUAUUGUGGACCCAGAGAACAUCCCAUAAAUGUUGCUCGAUACAAAUGUGGUUGUACAAAAUAAAAGCUCUUAUGGAAAUAAUUUAUGUAGAAUUUGCUACUUUUACUUAAACAAAUAAAUUCCAUU